UGCUGGAUGGCAGCUUUUUUCCACAAGUUCACCAUGAGGACGAGCGUUUUUGUGCUCCUGCUCGCAGCUUUUAUCUGCGGACUGGCGCACGGAGACGAGAAUGCAGCCGAGGAGCUGCAAGUGGAGACCUUGGUGAGACCAGAAACUUGCUCGGUCCUCUCCGGAAUGGGAGACACGCUGCAGAUCCACUACACGGGUAAACUGAUGGAUGGAAAAGUGAUCGACACAUCGCUAUCUCGGGAUCCUCUGGUCGUCGAGCUGGGGAAGAGGACGGUUAUUCCCGGUCUGGAACAAAGCUUAGUUGGCGUGUGUGAAGGGCAGAAGAUCAAAACCACUAUUCCCUCUCACCUUGCAUAUGGGAAAAAAGGUUAUCCUCCGACUAUUCCAGGCGAUGCUGCUCUUGAGUUCGAGGUGGAGGUGAUUUCUCUAACACAACAGACACAGUGGCAGAAAAUGGUCAACGACGUGUUACCCCUCGUGUGCUUGGCCCUGGUGCCCACUCUGCUUGGCUUGGUGGGACUUUACCUCUACAAAAAGGCCAAUGCCGAGAAGCCGAACAAAAAGAAGGCAAAGGACAAGAAGAGCAAGAAGAAAUAAAGACGAGCCACAGAACUGUUUAAAUAAAUUUUUUAAAAAUUGAA